CACAGUUGCAAACUUUAACAAAUCUUCAGGAAAUAAGAUUACGAAACCUAGAACGAGCAGAGAAGACUCAAACUGAGGUGCUGAUGGGCCAACAAAGUCUUCGCGACUUGUCAUUGCAUUGGGGUGGUGAAGAAGCAGAUGAGAGUUCUGAAUCAGCUACACCACUGCAGGUACUCGAAGCUCUCCGACCAAACAUGCAUUUGAAAAUGCUAGAGAUCAUUUCUUUUAAGGGAGUGGAAUUUCCUACUUGGAUGAGUAAACAACAACUUGUUCGUUUCGAUUCUUUGGUUGAAGUGAGACUCAUCAAUCUCAGGAGGUGUGCUACAUUACCAUCACUCGGUCAACUUCAUUGUCUGGAGAAGAUUGAGAUAAGUGGCAUGGAUUUAAUAAAACACAUAGACAAUACAUUUUAUGGUGACGGCGACACAUUUUCUGUGUUGAGAGAGCUCACUUUUUCAGAAAUGCUUGCGCUAGAGAAAUGGUCUAUGCCGGAAAGAAAUGUUUUUGUUGAGCUUGAACAAUUGACACUAAUUCAGUGCCCAAAACUCAAGGAAAUAGAUUUGCAUUCUCGACCUUAUCUAUUUUUUGGUGUUACAAUAAGAGUAUGGUUGAACAAUGAGACAAUAUGGUCUGUUGAAUUUUACAGUUGGGACAAGCUCCAAUGCAUUGAAAUAAUAGAGAUAGUCGGUUGCCAAGAGCUGAGAUGUCUGCCACAGGGUAUGCAAAGCUUGAAGCAUCUAUCUCAGAUGACAAUUAAUAGUUGCAACAGUUUGACGACUUUGGUAGCAUUGGAUUCACUUGAAGAAUUGAACAUAUAUGCUUGCCCACUGCUAGCAUUCAACCUAGAAGCAUUUACAGAACUUAGGAGCCUUACAAUUAAAGGCUGCCCGAAGAUGCAAAUUUAUCACGAUGCCUGGAAAAUAAAAAGACGGUGGUAAGCAAAAGAAGAGAAAUGAUGGCGGACAAAAGAAGAAGAACUAGAAAAACAACGACUGACAGAAGAAGAAGAAGAAGAAUAAUAUAAAUACAAAUACAACAAUGCAAGUAGUUAUCUUCGCCAAAUUGAAUGAUUCGCUGGACAUGUUGCAAGAAACAGUUGACUUCGAGCUGUGGCAUAAGAAGAAUAGA